GACACACACACACACACACACAUGUAGAGAUACACACAGCCUCACACACUCAGACAUACUGCAAACUCUCAACAGGAAACUCUGAGCCAUAAUGCGAAGGCACCUCACAGCAGACGGGUGCAUUGCUCAAACCAAGUGGGAUACCGUACGGCUUUGAUAGUGCGUUAAUUACUCAUGUGAUGUGAUACAGAUGUCUGGGGGCUUCAGCCGAAAGUUUGCCUGACAGUUUCCAAGGGGGCCAGGCAGACAUUUUAGAAGCGUGAUAUAUUGGGACAGUAUUUCAAUCAGUGAAAUCAAAGCGCCGAGUGUGUUUCAUAAUGGGCACCGCAGCUGUACAUGUGUUGGUGCUAAUGGUCUGUAUGGCAGCCAGCGGAAUGUGCCAGAUAAACAGAGCUCCAGCCGAGAAGGACCCGGGCUUUCUCGUCCGCUCCACCCUCCAGUCUGUGGGUACCUACAGCACCAUCAGUCCAAACACUAGGCCCGGCCCCCACCUGCAGGCCCCAGGGGCUGAUUCACAGGCUGUUGGAUCUGGAUCUGCAAACGAAAGUGUUGUAAAGAGGCCAGUGCCACCCCCGAUGUGUGUGCAAAGGACUACUAUUAAGGACUAUUUUAAGUACAUCAACACCACAAUCUCUAUUGUGGUGUUUGCGGUUGGCCUUAUUGGCAACGCCACGCUGCUGAGGAUCAUAUACCGACAUAAGUGCAUGAGGAACGGGCCCAAUGCCCUGAUCGCCAGCCUGGCACUGGGUGACCUCAUCUACAUUUUCAUCGAUAUACCAAUCAAUGUGUACAAGCUCCUGGCGUCACGCUGGCCAUUUGACGACAGCAUGUUUGGCCUGUGUCUGUGUAAGCUGGUGCCCUUCCUGCAGAAAGCCUCUGUGGGCAUCACUGUCCUCAAUCUGUGCGCCCUCAGCGUGGACAGGUACAGGGCUGUUGCAUCCUGGAGCAGAGUGCAGGGAGUGGGUGUUCCUCUGUUUACCGUCAUUGAAAUUUUGUCUAUUUGGGUGCUGUCACUCAUCCUGGCAGUACCGGAGGCUAUUGGCUUCGACAUUAUCGCCUUCAACUACAACAACCAAACCAUACGCACCUGUAUGCUCAACCCCAAAACUGACUUCAUGAUGUUCUACAGGGACGCAAAGGACUGGUGGCUGUUUGGCUUCUACUUUUGUGUGCCACUUGCCUGCACUGCCAUCUUUUACACCCUGAUGACAAGCGAGAUGCUCAACCACAGGAAUGGCAGCCUUCGGAUAGCACUCAGUGAGCACCUCAAACAGAGGAGGGAAGUGGCCAAAGCUGUCUUCUGCCUUGUCCUCAUCUUUGCCCUCUGCUGGUUCCCACUGCACCUGAGCAGAAUCCUCAAGAAAAUGGUUUACUACCAGAAUGACAACAUGCGCUGUGAGCUACUCAGUUUCCUGUUGGUCCUGGAUUACCUCGGUAUCAACCUCGCUACAAUCAACUCCUGCAUAAACCCUAUUGUCCUCUACAUUGUGAGCAAGAAGUUCAAAAACUGCUUCAAGUCAUGUCUGUGCUGCUGGUGUUACUCUGACAACCAAAUAAGCAGCAUCGGACCCAUGAACGGAACCAGUAUCCAGUGCAAAAGCCCCGAGCCCAACAACCUGUGCAGCGACCGCAGCAUCAGGAAGGACAGCAACUGAUCACUCACAUGAGGACCAUUUUCGAGCUUUCCACUAUCCCCAGCAAGCUUUUAAAAUGCAGCCGAUGCUCACCCUAACAUGUAAACAGUACGUCGUGAAGUACUUUUUCAGUCAACACAUGCACUUCCUAAGAGACCACUGAAGCAACAUAUGAGCCUGAAUGUUGACUUUUGGAAGGAUGGAGAAACAAAAGCAGCGGACAGUGGCAGGAGACUGUUGUUUGCUUCUCAUGUGAAACCAAUCAGUCAGGAUUGUUUCUUUGUUCCAUGAUAUUUCAACUUUAGCCACAUGUUUGUUGUUGUAACAAUGAGGAUUCAAAGUCAAGCUGCCGUGGCAGGGGGAGCUCAUAUGACGACCUACCGGCAACUACUGUACGGUUGUUCAGGUUGGAAGAUUUGUUUGACUCGCGUGUGUCGGAAAAUGCGAAAGUGCGCUGGCACAAAACAACCGAGUAACUGCAGGAUUGUGGGGUUUAGAGCAGAUGAGGUACAACUCUGUAUUUUUAUAGCUCAUAUAUCAAGCAAAUGAUGAAUAUUAAGUCGUGUGUUAUGACAGGAUAUCAUCAUUCACCAAAAAUGGACAGAAAUUAGCUCUUUUUUUUACAGCACUGUGAAUUUUACUAUACAUAGUCAACAAUAGGAAAAAUAUGCAUGUAUACCCAAAGGAAUAUAUACUAUGUAUAGUGUCCACUUUUAUAAAGUGUAUUGCAGUAAUAAUUUCAUUCAGGCUUUAUUAUAUUAUUGUGUAAUGACAGAGGUGGAUGAGUGUUAAUAGUGGUACUCAAGUAACAGUUUGACUUUUUUUGGGAUACGUGGUUAUUUAAUUUCGUACCCAGAGUUAGAUAAGAGGAACCUAUUUUUGUGUUUGUACAAAUGUUAAAUAUCAAGUUCUGAUCUGGGACUUGUUGGUGAUAUAUGGCGGAGAAAAGUGACUCCCAGGAACUUCAAAACUUCUGCUUAUGUGUCAUUUUCAAUUCAUACUAACCUUAUGUCGGCCUUUGAAUUUGACAGAGCUAAAACCUGAGCAAUUAGAGUUAAGAAUUAAUUAAAUUAAAAACAUUUUGAAUUACAUUUCCAAGUAGCACUUGGAAUUCCCAUUCCUAUUCAUUCCCAGAGAGUAGGUCGGGACUCGCAGAUGGGUCAGAUGGGGGUUGGCAAAAAUAAAUUUGCUGAAUUUUUCCCCAGCCCUUUACAUAAGGUUUAUAUGUGCAUCUUUUAAAUAGUAUGCAUAGAAUGGUGUUUAUUUAUUGAUCAAACAUACAGUGUGUCUCUUGAAAAUGGCAGGUCUACCUUUUCAAAAUAAUAUUAGCUGUUAGCCGCAGGGCAAAUAGUCAGGAAAGUUGUGUUAUGCACACAUUUGCUCUUGUGAAGAAUAUGAAAUAUAACAGAAUGACGUUCUAAGUAACUUUUACUUUACUAUUUUACUAAAGACGGGUUUGAUAUGGCGGACAUUUCUGAACUAGAGAGUAUUCAUUUUCUGGGUGAGCUAAACUAAGCUAACUGGCGUUAGCUUUAUAGUUAACUUACGGAAAUCAGAGUGGUAUCAAGUCAACAAAAAAGUAACGUUAAAUAUCAUUUAUGAGACAACCUUAUACUGUUUUAUAUGUGAAGACAUGUAAACCAUUGAAUGAGAUGGUGUGUGUGUGUUGCACUUCAUUAACUGGGGUGUUUUUGUACACUUGUGUUAUCCUGUGAUAUUUGUACAGUAUUAUUUUACCACUAUACAUCAACAUAAACACAAGGUAUGUAUAAAUAAUCCAUAGAAAAUGAAAUUCCUAUGUGUUUGUUGUCAUUGGUUUAACAAGCAAACCUUGUGUUAGUGCUGCUGCUUAUAUCAAUAAAUCACUUUCCAUGUC